GUCAUAGCAGGCGGUGCUUACAGAUAGCAGCUCAUCUGCAGAGACCUGGACGUCCCAGAGCAGUGAACAGGAUCGCUGGGUAUCGCUCACUGAGAAGUCUGACUCGUUGAUCCUACUUUUGAGAAAGGAAGAUGGCAACAAUGAAAGAGGUUCUCUACUUAGCGAUGAAGAAGCUGACUGUGGAAGAGUUUAAGGAUUUUAAGUACUACCUGCUGGAGUACGGAUCCACAGACCAGCGAGCGCAGUCCAGUCGAGGUUACCCGGUGAUUACUCAGGCCGACCUGGAGAACGCCGACAGACGGAGGACCGUGGAUCUGAUCGUUCAGACGUACAACCAGCAGCCGCUGGAAGUCACCCAGGAACUGUUAUUAAAGGUCGGGAGAGGCGACGUAGUGGACCAUUUGGCUCAGAGCAAACCCGGAGCUCCUAUGCAGAUAGACAGCGCUGCAACACCCUCAGCUGGAGCAACUGGUGUGAAUACCAUGGCCGAUGGCAAGCACUUUGUGGAUAAACAUAGAAUCAAGCUGAUCGACAGAGUGAACAACAUCGCAGUCAUUUUGGAUGAGCUCCUCGAGGAGGAUAUCCUCCAACAAGAGAUGUAUGAUAAAAUCAGGGUUCUGCCUACCAGUCAGGAGAAGAUGAGGGAGCUCUACUCUGGGCCUCUGAAAGCUGGUGGAAUAAGGUGCAAAGAUAAAUUCUACAGCAUCCUUGAGAAAAAGGAGCGGUAUCUAGUUGAUGAGCUCAAGGAAAUGAAGUGAUUGUUAUAAUGAAAUCCAUUUUUAGAUCAAACAUACCGUCCACCUAAAGACAUGUUUUAUACAAUAACAAUGGGGCAUUAAUAAUGUAAUCCUAUGUCUCUGUGGGGGCUUUCUAAAACAAUUUUUCCACAUAUGUUUAUCAGAGCUUUUGCCCUUAAUUUUACUCUUAAGUUAGUAAGACAUCAUUUUGAAUGACAAAGAAAAUUUAAUAGAUUAUUUAUCAGACAAUCAUGUAAGAAAUUAAUUAAUGUUCUCAUGUAAUGUUUUUAUCCAACAUACCAAAUGAGAGCAUGUAAUGAGUCUGUUUAACAUAAUCAUUUUAUGUAAAUGGAACAUGCUAGAUCAUAAAUUAUUAUCCAUAAGUGUUGCAUGUAAAGCCCAUUUGACCUUUCAUAUAUGUCAACAUAUGUUUUAUAUUGUUUUUGAUCAGCUUUAUUAUGCCCAA